AUGCUGAACAAGCUGUCUGGUCAGCCAGAAAGCUAUGAGAAGAAGGCACUCUACAGAUUCGGUAACACCCUCGGCGCAGGCACAUACGGUAUUGUGCGGGAGGCGGAAACGAAUGACGGCAAGAAGGUUGCAAUCAAGAUUAUCUUGAAGAAAAAUGUCCGGGGCAAUGAGGGCAUGGUUUACGACGAGCUGGAGAUGCUGCAGAAGCUCAAACACCCUCACAUUGUCUCGUUUGUGGAUUGGUUCGAGUCCAAGGACAAAUUCUACAUUGUCACUCAACUAGCCGUGGGUGGAGAGUUGUUUGACCGGAUUUGCGAGUACGGAAAGUUCACGGAGAAGGAUGCUUCGCAAACCAUUCGCCAGGUGCUUGACGCUGUUGACUAUCUGCACAAGCGCAACAUUGUCCACCGAGACUUGAAACCCGAGAACCUUCUUUAUCUCACACGCGCGCCCGACUCGGAGCUAGUGCUUGCCGACUUUGGUAUCGCCAAGAUGCUGGAGAACCCGGCCGAGGUUCUCACCAGCAUGGCGGGAUCUUUUGGCUAUGCUGCUCCGGAAGUUAUGCUCAAGCAGGGCCACGGAAAGGCCGUCGACAUGUGGUCGCUCGGCGUCAUCACUUACACUCUCCUCUGCGGUUAUUCCCCCUUCCGCUCCGAAAACCUGACCGACUUGAUUGAAGAAUGCCGCUCUGGCCGCAUUAUCUUCCACGAGCGGUAUUGGAAGGACGUCUCUCAAGAUGCAAAGGACUUCAUUCUCACCCUCCUGCAACCCGAUCCCAACAAGCGUGUGACCUCCGAGGAGGCUCUCAAGCAUGUCUGGCUGACCGGAGAGACUGCCAGUGACCGUGAUCUGCUGCCCGAGAUCCGUGCCUACAUUGCCCGUGCUCGUCUCCGCCGUGGUAUCGAGAUUGUCAAGCUGGCCAACCGCAUCGAAGCGCUCAAAAUGCACGACGAAGGUGAAGAAGGCGAGGAAGAUAUCCCCAGCCCCAUGGGCAUGGCACCUCCAAGUGCCGAGGCUGAAUCAGGCGAGAAUGACGAUUCUGCCGCUACCCCGACGACCAAGAAGCGCAGUCUUAGCAAGAUUGCUCGUGGCGCUAUCUUCCGGGAAGUUGUCUUGGCAAAGGUGCGUGAGGUCAAGGACAACGAGGAGAGGGAGAAGGUUGAACGAGAGGCCCGGGAGAAGGCAUCGCAUCACUAA